UUUUAAAUGGUUAGCAGAAUUUUAGUAGGUUGCUUGAUUUGCGUUUUUCUUGGAUAUUCGGUUUGUUAAUUGUGUCGCUGUUGUUAUCUUCAAACGAUAGCGUUGAGCUCUAGGAAAAGUGUGUUUGAUCGCAGAAAAGGCUUCGUCUUUUGUCUUGCAACAGGCUUAUAAGGAAUGGCAAAGAGCACAUUCAAGGAAGAGCAUGACCUAGAGAAAAGAAGUGCAGAGGCUGCUCGGAUUAGAGAGAAAUAUCCAGAUAGGAUUCCGGUGAUUGUUGAGAAGGGGGAGAAGAGUGAUAUACCAACCAUCGACAAGAAAAAAUACCUAGUCCCAGCUGAUCUGACAGUGGGGCAAUUCGUGUAUGUCAUUCGCAAAAGAAUCAAACUGAGUGCUGAAAAGGCUAUCUUUAUCUUUGUGGACAAUGUUCUUCCUCCAACUGGUGCACUAAUGUCUGCUGUGUACGAAGAGAAAAAGGAUGACGAUGGCUUUCUCUAUGUCACUUACAGCGGAGAGAACACAUUUGGAUCUCCAUAGAGAUCUCUUGCUGGAUAUUUCGUUUCUAUUUUACCUAUUUCGCCUGAGUAUUUCAUAUCUUAUUAUUAGUUAUCUAUGCACUACUUUCUCUAAGAACUUUAAGAUGGCCGUUAAUGUGUACAGAGAACAUAAAAAUAAUGUAGUAUAUAUAAUCUCAAAACCUACUUUGUCACGA